AUGACCCGCACUUCGCCCUCAGCAUCCUCGCGCAGAGUCGCACGCGCCGCGCUCACCGCGCUCUUUGCGCUCACGGUGGUCGCGAUUACCGAUGCAGCGGUGCUCUCUCCCGCUCCGAUACAGCCCGAGCAGGGUCUGCGGCAGCGAGGCGUCGCAACCGGACCGGACCGACGGCCCUUGCAGCUGCUCCUGCCGAGGACCGCAUCGGCAAACUCUCUUGGCGUUCCGCUGGCCAAGCGGCACGGCGACCACGAGGAUGAUGAGGAGCAGCAAGUCCACGGCGCCGAGCCGCAGCAGCAGCAGCACGGGCAUGAUCACGAUGGCCUUCACGCAGAUCAACACAGCGCGGCGGCCGAGUCCAUGGAAAACGAGCAGCCGUCCAGCGGGCAUGGCGACCGGCCCAGCACCGAGGAAUCCACUAACGCCAAGGCCUCCGACUCACACGAGCACGGCCAUGGCCAUAGCCACGAUCACGCCUCCGCAUCACUGCCAGUAGGCUUUGUGGCCGACGCGGAUAGUUCGGGCGAUGUUCUCGUCCCCGUGCCGAGCCUGCACAUUCACGGCGGACACAGCCACGGCGGCUCCGGCGCGCCCAAGGAGCACCUCAACGAGACGAGCCUCUUUCUCGCAAAGGGGCCCGACCCCCUCAGCUACAUCGAGUGGGACUUUGGCUACGGCGCCGGCUCGUUUGGCGAGCUGCAGCGCUUCAUGGCGAGCCAGGAUGUCCUUGCUGGCACGCCCAUGAUGAAGCCCAUCGACGGCCGGUGGCGCAAGCUCUUUGACGAGCGUGACCAGGAGCAGCGCAGGGAGAUCGCUGCGGACAUCGCUUCCCGCAUCGAGGGAGGGCAGCCACCGGCGCGGCACGGCGGCAUCCUCGCUCUCCACGUCGUCCUGGCUGUCCUGGGCUGCUUUUUUAUGCUGCCGACGGCGCUGGCGCUCCGGGCCGCCCACUCCGGCCUCGCUCCUCUGGCAUCGCUCGUCUAUCUGGUCACGCUCGGAUCCUCGCUCCUCGUAUCGAUGCUCUACAAGGCCCUCACGCCGCGCCUGUACCCGCACAACUCGCACGGCGGCCUGGGCUGGGCCAUCUUCUGGAUCUCGCUCGCCUGCCUCGGAUCCGACGUCUUCAGGCUGGUGACCCAGAUCUGGUCGAAGAUGCGCUCCCUUGGAGGAGGAUCUGGCAGCGCCAGCAGCCGCAGCAGCAGAGACGGUGGGCCUGGCGGUAACUUCCGGGCAGCGGGCGGUCGCUCCUGGAACGACGUGGUCAACACCGCGCUUGGCAGAGUUUUGCCGCACUCGAGCGAAAAGUACGACGCCCUCGAAGAGGAGUCGAUGCUGGCCGAGGCUGCUCGCAGCGACGACGCGAGGGAGGUCGACAUUGAAGCCGACCUUGCCGCCCGACUGCGCGGACACAGUCGCGGCCAUGGUAGCAGCGGCAGCGGAUCGCCACACCGCGUUCACUUUGACGACGGCGACUACGAGGAGGCCGACUGGGUGGGCAGCGGCAGCACGGCCGUUGGCGGCACCAGCGCGCGCCCUUCUGGCUCAAGGCCCAGCAGCCCUUCCAACGGCGCCAACGCUGCCCUGUUCGACGAGCCCAUGACGGCCUCGCCGACCACGACUGUCUGCAACACGCCGAGGAACUCGGUCUUUGGCGACAGCCAUCUGCCCGGACUCGGCCUCAAGGCCGUCUCGAGCUGGAUGGCAAAAGCCGAGGGUGCCUCACCCCUGUCCGCGUCGGCUGCACGCCUGCCCGGGUCCGACAAGCUCGGCAUCGCCAAGCCGCGACGGAGCCGCCUGCAGCUGCUGCGGAACGUGCUCCGCUACGCUCGCGUGACGGUGACCCGAUCCCUGCCCGUGCUCGCCUUCGCCGAGACCUACACGGGCAUCGCCGUCUACACCGGCUCCUGCCGCAGCGGCUACCAGAACGUCUGCCUGGCGCACGGCAUCAAGGGCGGCAUCUUUUUCUGGUACGGCCUCUUCACGUUUGCGCGCUACCUCGGCGCCUACGCCGACUGCGGCUGGGCGUGGAACAAGGCGCCGACCUCGUCGAGGCCGUCGUCUCCCCAGGGCAGCAGCACGGGUCGUCGGGUCGGACGCGGCAUGCCAAGCGCCGAGUUUGUCGAGUGCCUGGUCAUCACCAUCUACGGCUGCACCCAGAUCUGGAACGAGCGGCAGGGCGCCAAGCCGGGCGACCCCUGGACGAUCAAGCAGAUCCAGCACACGUCGAUUGCCGGCAUGUUCUGGUUCGUCGGUCUGCUCGGCCUGCUGCUCGAGACCGGCUGGGUCCGAAGGCUCCUCUCGCUACCGAUCGCCUACAGCCACACGGCCGCGAUCCCGCUGUCGGAGGUGCGGCGACGUGGCAAGGGCGGCGUCCGGGCACGCGGCGAAGGGGCCGGCGACGACCUCGACUCGCUCGUCGACGCGCAGAGGCAGCCGGCGUCGUACAGCUUCUCGUUUAACCCGUUCCCUGCGCUCGUCAUUGGCGUGACGGGCCUGGCCAUGUCGGCGCACCACCAGGACUACGUCUACGAGGUCGAGAUCCACCAGCUCUGGGGCAACCUGCUGGCGCUGUUUUCGGUGCUGCGGUGCCUGACCUACUUUUUGCUCUGGCUCCGCCCGCCGACGGCGUCGAUCCUGCCGUCGCGCCCGCCCACCGAGGCGCUGGGCGCGUUUUCCCUCUGCUGCGGCGGCCUCGUCUUUAUGCUGAGCAGCGAGGAGGUGUCGUUUGCGGCGAUGCGCAGCGGCUACGGCGAUUUCAUGGCCAUCCUCAACGUCGUCGUCGCCGUCGUCUCGCUCCUCUUUUGCUGGACGACGGCGCUGAUGAUGAUCAAGGGCUGGGCGGUGCGGCGCGAGGUGCGCCGCGGCCUUGGUGAAGGACAGCGAAUGCACGGCGACAUGCGCGGCGACGAUGCAGAGGCUGGAGGGGUGGGCCUCAGGCUCGACACGCAUGUCGCCGCCGCUGCUGGGCCGCGUUCGACACCCAAGAGGUACCGUGCGACGGUCCCGGCUUCUCCGAUGGCCUCCGCCGCCGCCGUCGAAGCUGGCGUGACGGCCGACGGAACGACCGAGACCGUCUUUGUGCUCGACGACGACGACGACGACGAUGACGACGGCGGCGAGGGCGACGACCGCCACCGAAGGCUGGGCGAGGCUGCCCGCACCGCCCGCUGA